AUGAGUCAGACAUUAGAGGGGAUAACAGGUGUUAUGUGUUAUAUAUAUAUUUCCCUAUCCUUAUUAUGUAUUGACUUAUGGACUGUUUCUUGUUGAUGGACACUUAUUGAUUGACUGUCUUUGUGUCGGAUUUUCGUGUGGAAAUAUAUUGACGUUAUAGUCAGGCUAAUCUCGUGUUCUUGAUCUGAGUUCUGUUGAAGUCCUGUAGAAUAGACACGGUGGGAAUCUAGUGUAGAUUUCGUCUAAGAUAAAUUAACGUCCCACAUACGUGUAAGAAGUAAAAGGACUGUUAUUACAAGAACCCCUACUGUUAUACCAGCAUCCUCUCCUUUACGUUUAUAACAAUUAGCGACGGUAUACAUACGUUUAUAACAUUGGCGACGGUGAAUAAAACGGAUCUACGCUUACGUAUUCAGUUAAAGUGAACUUUGUAUCAAGAAAAUGGAUGAUCUGAAAACCUUAUUGCAACAGCAAAAUACUCUUAUCGAAUUAUUAGUCAAAAAUAUGUCGAUAUCCUCAAGAACUGAUGUGUCUAAUUCCACUAUGACUCCGGAUUCUAUUGCAAAUUCAAUAACUGAAUUUAGAUUUGAUCCAGAAAGUGGAGUUACUUUUGAGGCAUGGUUUAAACGCCAUGAGGAUUUAUUUAUUAAUGAAUGUAAAGAGUGGGACGAAAGUUCGAAAUUGAGAUUAUUAUUACGAAAGCUCGGAGUGUCCGAACAUGAAAAAUUCUGUAAUUUUAUCCUCCCAAAGAAGCCAUCCGACAUAACGUUCAAAGAAACAGUUGAAUGCCUGACUCGUAUAUUUGGUGAACGGUCAUCAAUUUUUCACACUAGAUACCAGUAUCUUCAACUUGUAAAGAAAGUACAGGACGAUUACGUAACGUAUGCAAGUAUCGUGAACCGGGAAUGUGAGCGGUUCCGAUUACAGGAAAUGUCCUCAGAUCAGUUCAAGUGCCUUAUUUUUGUAUGUGGAUUACAAUCUUCAGUAGAUGCAGAUAUUAGAGCACGGAUUCUAAUGAGAAUCGAACAAGAUCCUAAUAUCAGUCUACAAUCAGUAUCUGAAGAGUGUCAAAGAAUGAUUAAUUUGAAGCAUGACACGAAUCUCGUAGAAAGGAACAGUGAACACUUUGGAGUCAAAGCUUUACGUAAAUCUUUUAAUGGAAAUAAAGAUUCGAACUCCCAGAAAAUCCCGAAUCAAGCGAAACACAAAACGUCAUGCUGGCGAUGUGGUAAGUGUCAUUCUGCCAAUGCUUGUUACUUUAAAAAACGAGUGUGCUUUCAAUGUGGGAAAUAUGGUCAUGCUCAAGUAUGUUGUAAAAGUAAAUCAAAGGUUUCUGACCGUGAGCAUAAGUUCCGUAAAGGAAAUAAGAUACAGACUUCAAUAGAAAUACCACAUAACCGUAAGUUAGAGGAAGAUAUAGUGGUUGCUUCUAUAACAAUUGAACCGGAAAUAAAAAGAGUGUUCUGUGAUGCUAUCAAAAUUCUACCAGUAACGGCAGAAGCAGUUAAAGAAGCCACGGGUAGUGAUCCUCUACUUAAAAGAAUAAAAGAAGCUGUUUUAAAGGGUUGGAAACAGGACAAAGCUGAUAGAGAGUUUCACCAAUUUUUCUUGAGACGUGAGUCUGUAUCGAUUUAUGAUAAUUGUUUGGUGUAUGGUGAACGUGUUGUUAUCCCUAAAUCUCUUCAGCUUUUUGUGCUUGAACAGUUUCACAUUGGUCAUCCGGGAAUGAACAGAAUGAAGGCAUUUAUGCGUAGUUAUGUUUAUUGGCCAUUCAUGGAUAAGGCUGUGGAAGAAUACGUAUUGAGAUGUCGGCGAUGUGCCGAAGGUGCAAAAUAUCCACCGAAGGUAGAAUCCCAGCCAUGGCGAGAAACGAAAAAGCCUUGGGUCCGAUUACACGUUUAAAUGGUUUAAUUCGUUUAAUCUGGUUGGCGUUUUUCAGCAAGGUUUUUUUCUAUGGGAUGGGGUUGUCGACCUCAUGCCCAACCCUCCUCCUUUACC